GAUGACUACAUAAAUUCUCUGAAUACUACUGGCUUGAAAAACUUGGUACGAUCGAGGCGCUCGUUGUCCAACGUACAUAUAUACACGUUCGCGGUAAAAAGAUACGUACUGUGUGUGUCACUAACGAUAGUCAAGCAAAAUGGCAUCUUACUCGGAGGAUCAGUUAGCAGAAUUUCAAGAGGCAUUUCAACUGUUCGACAGUCGAGGAGAUGGGAAAAUUCACGUAGCCCAAAUUGGUGAUGCAUUGCGUGCUCUAGGACAAAAUCCAACUGAGUCAGAUGUUAAAAAAUUUACUCAUCAACACAAACCUGAUGAACGUAUUAGUUUUGAAGUGUUUCUACCAAUUUAUCAAGCUAUAAGCAAAGCUCGCACAUCGGAUACAGCUGAUGAUUUUAUAGAAGGAUUACGUCACUUUGAUAAAGAUGGAAAUGGUUUCAUUUCUUCUGCUGAACUAAGACACCUUUUAACCACACUAGGUGAGAAACUGAGUGAUGAAGAAGUUGAAACCCUAUUGGCUGGUCAUGAAGAUUCGCAGGGUAACAUUAAUUAUGAAGAUUUUGUUCGACAAGUGAUGUGUGGUUAAAUUCUCAUCUUACUAGAUACAAGUAAUUAUCAAUCAGCGAAAUUUGUAUCUGCCAUAAAGUAUUUUUCAAGCAUUUAAUUCCUUUUAUUUACUUGUAUUGUAUUUUAUUACUAUUGAAUACUACAUUGAAUACUACAUAAGAUUAUACAUAAUAGACAUCCCAAUAUAAUGCUUUAUUAGAAGGAUAGAAUAACAUUAAUUUCCUUUUGUUUGUUUAUAUAAUAUAAUAUAUUAUGCCUUAAUGUGAAGGAUUCAUAAAAGAGAAUAUUCAAAAUUGAAACUAAUGUGAAAUUUAAAGAAAGGAAAGGAUUUAAUCAACCCAUGAAUCUUUUAAUUUAUGUAUUAAUUUGAGUAAUUAUUUUUAAUAUUUGUCAUUAAUUUUAUAUAUCAGUAUACAUUUAGAACUUGUAUGUAAAUGGAAAUAUCCUUUCUUGUUAUAUAUAAGUAUGAAGAAUUGUGCACUGACGAAAAUAAAAUUUAUUAAAAGUGAAAAAUCUAA